UAUGCGACUCUGCGCCAUCUUGACUUGUCUGAAGCUCAAAUUAGAUAUUAAUGAUAUAAUCUUCCUCCGACAAAGUUUUCAUUAUCGAAGGAGUCUCUACAUUAUCAACGUUCUUUUGGAAAUUACAUAGAUUUGAAUAGCACCUGACGUCUAGAUUGGUAAUCAACAUGAAGCUUCUGCUCGCAUCAAUGGCCGUUCUAGCCGUGACAGUUUACGGCUUGGAUGCCAAUGUGUGUCAUCCGUGCCCCCAAUUCUGGCUUCCAUUUAACGGGAGCUGCUACCGUUACUUCGGGGAGCGGGUCACUUGGGGAGAGGCUCGGGAUCAGUGCAGGGAUCACUAUUCCUUGAAUGGACGGGCUGAUUUAGUAUCCAUCCACACGGAAAAGGAGAACGCUUUCGCUUACAACCUUUUUCGCUCUCCUGCAGGCAUCACACCGGAUCAUGUCACGGCUGGGCCGCCAUACUAUGGAGCUUGGAUUGGUGCCUACAAGACAACCCCAGGCUCAACCGGACCUUUCAUUUGGUCUGAUGGAUCCGGUCUAAACUUCGAGCAAUGGUUUGAGGGUCAGCCGUCCAAUUGGGAAGGAAAUGAGGACUGCGUCCAUUUGUGGCGUAAGAACGCAGAAGAUGAUAUCCUCCAAUCUUGGAACGACCUUUUCUGUGAAAGGGACCUGCCUUUCAUUUGUAAGGUGGCACCAAAUUAGAAAUGUAGCCUGAAUUGAUGCUUUCUUGAUAUACAUCUGUAUUGAUAUUAAAGGCUAUAAUUAGAAUCCUUUGAACAAAUCUUGAGAACCUUAGAGAUCGUUACUUCUAGCAAUAUAGAUUGAAUAAUUAGGACUAUUAUAACGUUCAGAGGGUGUUGCAUGCAUGACCGACUCUGUUGUCCACAGUCCUAGUCAGUCGUGUGUUUUUUCGCUUUAAUAGGGACUUUUAGAUUUGCACGUCGACAGCUUCGACUGCA